GUUCUCUACGUCAGUCAUCAUCCACAAAAACUAGAUACUGUUUGGCGUGACAUACUGAGUCUACCUGAAAAUGCCAAGCCCAAUUUCCAUGAUUGUUAUAUAGCACCAGUUAUUGGAAAAUAUGGGGACCUGCAGUGGCGUAUCUCUCAUGGUGCGUUUCCAACUGGGAGAUUUCUGUUCAAAGCCUGUCUGAACAGUUCUGAUAAGUGUCCUUUCUGUGAUGAGGUCGAUACUCUCCAACAUAUCUUUUUUGAUUGCACGUCUAGUGACAACCUACUCUACCUCGCAUCUCGUCUGGUUCAAGAAGACUUUCGGAUUCCUGGUUGGUGGUUCAUAAUAUUACCACCCCGUCGCUCAAAACAGUUUCAUUCUAGCCAGAUUGAAGAUAUUGAUGGUUUGAAAAUCAUUCACAUCAGUGGUACAAAAGGCAAAGGUUCUGUGGCUGCCUUCUGUGAAAGUAUAUUACGUGCAAAUGGAUAUAAAACUGGAUUCUACAGUUCGCCGCAUUUGUGGGAUAUUUGUGAACGAUAUCGUGUCAAUAAUAUACCACUGACAAAGGCCGAUUUUUGUAGAUAUUUCUAUGAUGUCUACAAGAAAGUAGAUUCUACAAAAGAUGCAUUUGGAGGACUUAUGCCGUGUUUCAAGCGGUUCCCAGUAUUAAUGGCAUUUCACGUAUUCAUACAGGAAAAAGUUGACGUUUUCAUUCUGGAAGUAAGCAUUGGUGGGGAAUAUGACGCUACCAAUGUUGUACGAUAUCCCACAGUGACUGGAACCACUUGUCUUGACUUCGAUCAUACAAACAUGUUGGGAAAGACUCUCGAUAAAAUAGCAUGGCAUAAAGCCGGUAUAUUCAAGCCUGGUCGGCCAGCAUUCACAGUCCCUCAACCAGAAUGUGCCAUGGACACCCUGGUAUCUAGAGCCAAUGAAAAACACACACCGAUUCAGCUUGUACCCAACUUGGAUACCUAUGAUUGGCAGGGAAAACCAAUAAAGCUUGGCAUAGCAGGUGAACACCAGCAUAUGAAUGCUUCCUUGGCAAUACAGCUAUGUGCCACGUGGAUGGAAGAGAAUAACGAAAGUAUUGGUGAUCAGAAAACUAAUUUUGAAAGUAUUUAUAAUGAGAACCUGAAUGGCAGUAUUCCGACAGCUCCAGCAUUUACGUUACCUGACACAUUUAUACACGGACUACAAAACUGUUACUGGCCCGGACGUACGCAGACUAUAAAACGUGAGAAUGUUACGUACUAUUUGGACUCAGCUCAUACAAAAAAGAGCAUUGUGGCUUGUGUCAAAUGGUUUAAAGGAGAAUCAGCGAAGGAAGAACAAUUGCUGGGGCGACAUUGUGUGAGAGUGCUUAUAUUCAAUAUUUCCAAGGGCCGUGAUCCAAUAGCAUUCAUGGGAGAUAUAAAGCGUUGCAACUUUUUAGCUGCUGCCUUCUGUCCCGAUAUUACACUACCAAAAGAGAACGUCUUGACAAAACGUAUAGAAGAAGUGUAUCCAGUAGUUAGACGAAACAGAGACACUUGGCUAUUGGAAGAAGAAGCCGAAUUUUCUUCUGAUGCAUUUCCUCGGAAAACCACAUCUGCAAUGUUCACAUGUGCUUUGCAUGCUGUACAAUGGGCAUCAUGCGGAAAGGAUUCUCAUAUUGCACCUCCUGAGAGUCGACGACCCAACACCACCGCAAGGUGUCGCAGAAGCAGAGCACAUACAGAUUCUGGUCACCGGCAACCCACAUUUAGUUGCUUGUGUUAUGAAGAUUUUAGAUUCAGAUAUUUUGACUAA